AUGAUGUCAUUAAGAAUUUGCAUUUUUAUUGAGACGUAUGUUUUGUAUUGGGUGUGUUUGGCUUGUUUUUGUUCUUGUUCUUGUUGUUGUUGUUGUUGUUGUUCAUUGUCGUGGUGGUGGUGGCGGUGGUUUAUUAAUUAUUAUUUGAUUAUAUACGCAUACAUUCAUAUAUUUAUUUAUUUAUUUAUUUAUUUAUUUAUAUUUAUGUAUUUAAUUAUUUGUUUGCUUUUGGUUCAGUUAUUUAUUUUAUUUUAUUUUGACUUCUUGUCGAUUGUUUUUAUUUUUUUAUUUUAUUUUUUAUUUUUUUAUUUUUUUGAUGAUUUAAGGGAAAAAAAAGAAAUGACGGAUCUACAGGAAGGCAGCAUUUAUGCUCGUGUGGCAAUUCUUCAGUGGGCUGCAGACAUUCUUCACGGGGAGUAUGCUUCCUUUGGCAACAUUCCUGCGAAAGAUAUUGCGGUACUUCUUCAUGCGAUCUUUAAUACCCCAUGCGAGGGUGGUUCAAUGGACACAGGGGGGACAGCUUUGGUCUCGCUGCACAACAUUCAGUUUUGCGAGCAUCCAACUCCCACGACACUCUUCCUCAAUGCGAAGCGCGUUCUUUCUCUUGUGCAAACUCUUAGUUCCUCCGUGGUUGAUGGCAAUGGCGACAUGAACGUGGCGGAGGGUUGUGGUGGGUGCAGCCGUCCGCUUUCACUGCCGGCGGUGGGCAACAUGACGGUUUCUGCGUGGAUGGAGGGAAAGGCGUUUGUGGAGGAGUUGAAGAUGUGGCGCUGGAUCCGGGCGGAGGCGUUUCGCCGUGGACUAGAGAAGGAAGAACUGGAGCGUAGGGCACAAAAGUUCCUCCACGGCGCAGCAAACCCCAGUAAGGUGCCAUCAUCACACGAAAGUACAACAACCGGACCUGCGUUGGAGCUGGAAAGUGGCCCUUCGUCUGGUUCGGUUGGAAAACAUGUGACCUCUCCACGAAAGCGGUCACGCGAAAAAGAUACGGGAGCGCCCAAUGCGCCCGAAGCUGCUCUGGAUUCGGGGAAUGGCGCCAGCAACCAAGUAAAAGGUCCGGCUGCGACUGAUAUCAAGCCGGAGAGCGGGCGUGAUGGAGGCGUGCGAAAUCGUAUGCGCACUGACAUUGUCGUUCCGCGUGGUAGGAGAGGGGAUGAGUCGACUUAUAUUUCCUCACAGUAUGAUAAGGUGCCGAGAGAAGAUAAAGGUGAGGCAGUGUCACUGCCACAUAUGACGUGUGACGGUGUUGCGGUCGCGCCGAAGCUUCUAAAUGUCCUUGAGGAGGUGAAGAAGGAACUAAAGGAGCGUAAGGUGGCCGCAGAAGCUUCGGCUGCCGCUUGUGGCAGCAUCACGGGGUCCAUCACCACUGCAUCGCGUGGAAGUGAGCCUCAUGUGAUAGAGGAGGCGUGUGGCAGUGGGCAUCCUGUCGUGGGGUGUUCAUCGUGCCCUGCUAUCUUCUCGGAGGCGCUGCAGCAGAAUUACAGUGCCAUUGAAAGACUAGAGACAGCACGAAGGCUAGCUGUUGCCGCGUGUCUUAAGAAGGACGCAGCAGGCCUUUUAGAAGCCUUGGCAUUUAUUUGA